UCUGCUGCUUCAGUAUCAGUCUUGUCUCUCUGGUGAACAGACACACACACACUCACUCACUCCAGGGAGGUUGGAUUACAACAGGGAUCACUAAACUAUAUUGAUCUUGCAGGCAGAUACAUCAGCACUCUCUCAUCGAGGAGAUACACACACUGUCCCAGGAUCAACAUGGGGAGUAGUAUGUCAUGCGUCCCCCAACACAACUUCAGGUUCUCCAGCAAGAGCUUCAUACGCAGGAACAGCAGCCGUUUAUUCCGGAAAAAGUACCCGCAGGAGGGCCAGGAGAAGUCCAAUAGCAUCAUCAACAUUCUCUGCACUGUCACCCCAAGAAAGGAAAUGUCACCCAAAGAUCUCCAGACGAUCGAGAACAUCAAAUGGGACCCUCCGUUCCCCUACGACCCAGCUAGUGGAUGGAAAAAGAGCAGCAUCAAUGUAAAGAACUAUGGCAGAAUGAUCCACAGCUCCAAAGUCCGCUUCCGCUUCCUGCACUGCCAGGAUGUGCAUAACUGCUAUUUGGACCUGUUCCAAACACAUCUUCAUUUUGUCUCCAACAACACAACUGGACUCACAUACCAGGGAACACUUCCUCUCAAAGAGCUUACAAUUUGCAAGGUGCAGAACAGGAACAGCUUUGGUGAUCUGCAGGAAUUUGCAUUCCAGAUAAAUGGGGUCAGCUUGAACCCUAUCAUCGUGUACUGCUCGACAGAGGAGGAGAUGAACAACUGGUUUGGCCUUUUGAAAGAACAAAUCGAGGCCAAUGGCGGCACUGCAAUCACACCAGAGACAUACACAAGAAUUAAGGUACAGUACUCAGAAGAGUCCAAAGUGGAAAAGGAGGAGCUGAGGAACUCCAUCAGUAAAGAGCCCAUUUAUGAGUGGGAGGGCUCGCAACGAGAGAGUCUAGGGCCCAUUACUUACGUCACGAAAGUCAAGCUGCAACACAUGCCUUGUCAGGAGCAGUAUGACCGUCUGCUGGUGUUGUAUCCCAACUAUCUCAUAAUUCUGUCAGAAGAGAGUGAUGGCCUCUUUUACAAGGGCAAACUUCCUCUCAACAUGAUCACAGUUACAACUCCCUGCCAGGACAUCAAGCCCAACACAUUUAUGAUUGAGGGGAAGUUGAUAAACCCCAUCGUUGUGUCCUGUCUGGACAAAAGCGAGUUCAAUGACUGGAUCCUGUAUUUCAAAAGCGCUGACGUCCCCAUCCUCAGCCCUCCUCCCCCGGUCUAUGACAUAAUUUACACUCCAACACAGAAACAGGUGACAAAAAGUUGGAUAGAAAUAUUGCUCUACAUUUGUGUAGCUUCAAAACAGUAUAACAUAAAUGAACUCCUGUUCUCCUGUCUUUUACAGAGAGGUUUCUCAGGUCACAUUGUCAUGGAGGCGCAGCAGAUAUCUUACGGUUACUCGCCAGAUGACUCUUACCUUCAGCCAGUGGAUCCAGAUGACCAGGAAAUGGACUAUGAUAACAUAUGGGAGUUUGACCCAGAUAAUAGGAUGAUUCAACCCCUGCCUGGAACGUCACCACACCGGACACUGGCUUACUUUGGAGCUCAAGGCCUGGGCGCUAUGACAACACAGCAGAGAUGGUCAUAAAAGAGAACAAUGGGCUUAUGCCCGUCCGGACUUGCACACAUAGCAGACUAAUCAAAGCCACACAUGCACACUGGGCAUGUUUUCACCAAGGGCUGGCAUGCCCGAGUAUCUGGAUAUUCACAGUUUGUUUAUUCAGUGGCUUUAUGACAUAUUUUGCACAUGUAAUAUCCUUUCAUUUUGUGGUGAUGACUUCAGACUGCUGUAUGCAUUCGGUACGAAUAAGUGUAUUAGUCAUUGACGCAUUUAUGUAUAUAUGAAUAUAAGAAAAAUAGA